GAGAGAGAGUACAUAGUGCCGUGCUUUUCGAAACAGCUCUACAAUCAGCACUGAGCUGACAGGAUUUAAUUUGGGCCACGGAACAGGCGUGUUAUAAGCCUAGUGGAUCGCUUUCUGGACUAAUUGUCUACAGAAAUCACUUUUCCAGCCAUUGCUGCAGACAGGAGCUUUAUUUCCUGCCCUAGCAGCAGUCGAUGGGAACCUGCGUGUUGCCUACAGCUGUGUGGAGGGAUGGCGCGGCCCUUUCUUCUCUUCCUGUCUGCCGUGUUGCCUUUACUCAGAGCGUCUGCCUAUAACACAUCGGCUGGUUGUGCUAUCAUCCGUCCUCCCAGAGAUGGAGGUAUAAGGUACAGAGGUCUGACACAGGAGCAGAUCCGCAGUGUGCAGGUGCUCCCUGUAGACUAUGAGAUAGAGUACAUCUGCAGGGGACACAGGGUGAUUGUGGGGCCCAAGGUCAGGAAGUGUUUGCCCAACGGCACGUGGACUGAUCUAAGCCAGCGCAGCAGAUGCUUGUUGUUGUGCCCUCGGGUGUGGACGUCUUUGGAAAAUGGCCGGGUGUCUUCUUGGCCCCUGGGGCCCCCGGUGGAGGGGACUGUGCUACAUUACAGCUGCCUGCCUGCCUUCAUCCUCAUGGGCCGAAACUCAACACAAUGCAAUAAGAUGGGCAAGUGGGACACACCUAAACCUGUGUGCCACUAUGAUCGUCACUACAAAGGCAAGAAGAAGCUCUACAUUGGAGCCCUCUUCCCCAUGAGUGGAGGCUGGCCUGGCGGACAAGCCUGCCUCCCUGCUGCUCAGAUGGCUCUGGACCUGGUGAAUAAGAGGACCGACAUACUGCCGGACUACGAGCUGGAGCUGAUAUACUAUGACAGUAUGUGUGAUCCAGGUGAGGCCACCAAGCUGCUGUAUGACCUCCUGUACACUGAGCCCAUUAAAAUUGUGCUGAUGCCUGGAUGCAGCUCUGUCUCUACACUGGUGGCCGAGGCUGCUCGCAUGUGGAACCUCAUAGUGUUGUCCUAUGGCUCCAGUUCUCCGGCUCUGUCCAACCGCCAGCGUUUUCCCACCUUCUUUCGCACUCAUCCAUCUGCCACGCUGCACAACCCUACUCGUGUGCAACUCUUUCAGAAGUGGAAAUGGACCAAGAUUGCUACCAUUCAGCAAACAACAGAAGUUUUUACAUCAACUCUGGAUGAUCUGGAGGAGAGGGUGAAGGAGGCGGGGAUUGAAAUCAGUGUUCGUCAGAGCUUCCUCACCGACCCUGCUGUGGCUGUCAAAAACCUCAAGCGCCAAGAUGCCAGAAUUAUUGUUGGCCUGUUUUAUGAGACGGAGGCCAGGAAAGUCUUCUGUGAGGUGUACAAAGAGAAGCUGUAUGGGAAGAAGUAUGUGUGGUUCCUCAUCGGCUGGUAUGCAGACAACUGGUUUAAGAUCAAGGAUCCAUCCAUUAACUGCACUGUGGAGCAGAUGACAGAGGCUGUGGAGGGCCAUGUGACAACUGAGAUUGUAAUGCUCAACCCAGAGACUGUUCGAGGAGCCUCCAACCUGACCUCUCAGGAAUUUCUAGGCCAGCUGAUGUCUAAACUUGGUGGAAAAAAUCCAGAGGAGACAGGUGGUUUCCAGGAGGCUCCGCUGGCCUACGAUGCUGUAUGGGCCCUCGCCCUGGCCCUCAACAAGACCACGGGACCCCUAAAGGCCAAAGGUCACCGGCUGGAAGAUUUCAACUACAACAACCGAGAUAUCACAGCUGAGAUCUACCGAGCUCUGAACACCAGCUCCUUCGAAGGAGUUUCAGGUCAUGUUGUAUUUGAUGCUCAAGGUUCUCGAAUGGCCUGGACUCUCAUUGAACAGCUUCAAGGAGGGAGCUAUAAGAAGAUUGGAUACUACGACAGCUCUAAAGGCAAUCUCUCCUGGUAUGGGAAUGACAAGUGGAUAGGCCUAGGACCCCCUGCAGACCAGACUGUGGUCAUUGAGGAGUUUCGCUACCUGUCCCAGAAGAUCUUUGUGUCUGUGUCAGUGUUUGCUGGGUUGGGAAUCCUGCUGGGAAUUGUCUGCCUCACAUUCAACAUCUACAACAGCAAUGUCAGGUACAUUCAGAACUCUCAGCCCUACCUCAACAACAUGACAGCAGUGGGCUGCAUGAUGGCUCUGGCUGCUGUCUUCCCUCUAGGCAUUGAUGGCCUUCAUGUCCACAGAAAGCAGUUCCCCGUCGUCUGCCAGUUUCGCCUGUGGCUGCUCGGUCUGGGUUUCAGCAUCGCAUACGGCAGCAUGUUCACCAAGAUCUGGUGGGUCCACACCGUCUUCACCAAGAAGGAUGAGAAGAAGGACAAAAGGAAGCACCUGGAACCAUGGAAACUGUACGCCACUGUUGGUGUUCUGCUGGGCAUCGACAUCCUGUCUCUCAUGAUCUGGCAGAUUGUGGAUCCUUUACAUAUCACAGUGGAGAAAUUCACCAGAGAAGCCCCCAAGGGAGACCAAGAUGUUUUGAUCCAGCCUUUACUAGAGCACUGCAGCUCAGAAAAGAUGAACACCUGGCUGGGUGUGGUCUAUGGUUAUAAGGGCUUGUUGCUGCUGCUCGGCAUUUUCCUGGCCUACGAGACCAAGUCCAUCUCCACAGAGAAGAUCAAUGACCACCGAGCCGUGGGCAUGGCCAUCUAUAAUGUUGCUGUGCUGUGUAUGAUUACAGCUCCAGUCACCAUGAUCCUGUCCUCUCAACAGGACGCCUCCUUCGCCUUCGCCUCCUUGGCCAUAGUCUUCUCCGUCUACAUAACCCUGGUGGUUCUGUUCGUCCCCAAGAUGCGACGUCUGAUCACACGGGGUGAGUGGCAGACAGACGCCCAGGAAACCAUGAAGACUGGCUCGUCCACUAACAACAAUGACGAGGAGAAGUCUAGACAGCUGGAGAGAGAGAACAAGGAGCUACAGAAGAUCAUCCAGGAGAAAGAAGAGCGGGUGUCUGAGCUGAGGAACCAGCUGUCAGAGCGACAGGCCCUGCGAUCAAGAAGAAGAGCGUCCACCGUCACCAACAUGAACCACAGCUCUCCGUCUCCUGCCAUCGCCCAGAGCGACCCCAGGUCCUUGGCCCCUCCUCCGGGGUAUCCCACCACCAUUUCCGACCUCCACCCUGUCCCACCGCCCUUCGGCAACUCGUCCAGCCUCUACCAGCCAGACAGCAAGAUAAGCCGGAAUAACUGCCACACCAGCCGGCUGCAGCUGCUUUACAAGUAAGGUGGUGGUUAACGUUGGAGGUAUAAGGACAGUAAAGACAUUCAUAGCCACAUUGAGAUGGAGAAAAUAUCUCCAACAGAAAAUUUAGUAGAGGCUGGAGGUUUUCCAAGCUGAUGUGUUAUCUUUUUCUUUACUUUUUUUCUUUUUUUUCCCUCUGAGAAAAAAAAAUGUACAUACAUCUUGUUUAUCAUACAAUUUUGUAUCUAAUCUGACAGUGAUUUAUCAUGUGCCAUGUAGUUGCAUCCAGGGUCGGCUCCUACACUGUGGAUCUCUCAGUCCAGAACAGGACUUUGAAUGGUACCUGUAAACCCUCAAAAUAAUGACGUAAAACAAAUGACUCUUGGCCUUGGACUUAAUGUGAAAAUACAACUGUAUGUAGUAAGCUAGUUAGGCAAACAUGCUUACCUUUGCAGCUUAAGUUCUAACAGAUAAACGUGUUUAUUGGGCUCUAUUAGGAGCGUUACUUGGUCUCCAAUGAUAUUGUGUAUGUAGCCUUUUAGUGCAUAUGUAAGAUCCCUUUAAACAUGGUUCUCAUUUAACAACGAGUCAGUUAGAAACAAUAAAAAGUUUUCUGUCAUCACUGUGUGGGUGUGAAUUAACAAACUACAGCUGAUUAAAAUAUGUUGGCAACAGUCUCUGAGAGUCCCUGACUUGACUUUACAAGGUGUUGAGGUCAAUGUUUUUCAAAAAUUACCAAGAAUUUUGAUGGUAAAUCCAAAAAAUGCUAACUUUUCUCAUUAAAAACUGCAGUGCUAGAACGGAAAGCCCAACAGAAGUAACAACUGAUGGGGGGUGGGGCUCAGCCAAGGUUUCCUUUGAGACCAACAUUUUAUCCCAAAGCAUUUAUCAUAUCUGUACCUUACAAUAAUGACUGCGAAUGAGUUUAGAUAGUGCUAUGUACUGGAUAAAGAGGCUAGAAAAGAGGGUAGACUUUGUGAUGAUGUCCAUAUUGUGAUAAAGUAAAUUCUUGCAUCAAAACAUAAGUUUUGUAAUUUUAGUUCCUCAUGUUUAAUGUUUGAAGGAGGUUUCUGUUCUUUUUGUGGUCUCUGUUCAAAGAGACUGCUGAGUCAUUGUACAUAGUUGUGUGUUGAUGCUAAACCCCUCCCUGUGGAUGAACUCACCCACCACUGCUGUCUUCUGUCAGGUAUUUACUGUAUCAGGUGAUGUGACUGCCACACUGAAGAGCUGAAGGAGCAUUACACGAGGCUAGAAGCAGCAAUUCAAACACUGAAUGUGUUUAAUUUUAGGCUGCAGCUGUGUCUGGGUGUACAUUUUUUUUCUGGGACACGACAGAAAAAUACCAGAAAUGAAAUUACAAUGGACCAGCUGUCAACUGGCUUAUGUCAAAGCUAAAGAUAAUGCAGUCAGAUGUUGCUGUUGGUAUUUAAUAUAAGCUUUCUGAAGUUGAAGUUGUGACAAAAACAAAGCAGUGCUGUUUCAAUAGACAGAUCCAUCAAAGGCUUUUUGUGACUUUUAUUUUGAAGCCCAAACCGAGACUCCACAGUUUUUUUUUUAUCUAGUAAAAGAUAAUUCUGGCAUGUCUGGUCAUUAAAUUGUAUAAUGCACUGACAACAUGAGUCCAGUGGUAAUCAGUGUUGUUGUUAAUCAAAUCUGGUCCAACAAGAGCAUGUUUAGAUUCAUGAGAAGGGCGACAUGUGUUGACUCUUGUGGUGCUUCACGGGUCAUACUGACCCACUUGGAAGAAAAUAGUAAAUCCAAAAUAAAAUAUGAUUUUUCUUUUCCAUGUCCGGUUUGCUCUCUUGCCAAAAGUGUUACAUUAAACUCCCUACACUGCAAAAAAAGAAAAGUUGGGUGAACUCAAAAUUUCAAGGCAACAAACUUCGAUAAAAUUUUAAGUUGGACAAUUAAAUUAAAUAUUUUAAGUUUUGUUUUUGAGUUUGCUCAACUCUGAAUUCAGAUUUUUGUCAACUCAACUGUAAGUUGUACUAACUUAUAAUUUAACAUUGUAAUAACUUUUAAUCCUUACUUCUGCUAACUUCUGCAAUGUGCUGUAUUGGCAAGAUUGUAAUGCCGCUAUGAAAUGUCAGCUAAUGUUGUGACCACAAUUUUGAGUUAGCAUUGAUACGCUAAUGGCUACUCUUGUAGCUGUAACAAGCAGCGCCGCUAGCAUCAGUUAGCCGCUAGUAUCAGUUAGCCGCUAGCAUCAGUUAGCAGCUAGCUUUCGCUAAUGAACGAAUUUCACCGCUUUCCCGCAUUUCACAACAAAGAAAUAAGAGUUAGGAGAACUAUUGUCCCUUGUUGUGAACCUCAACUUAAAGAUAUAAGUAACAACAACUCACAAACUUGUUUUUGAGCAGACAACUGGCUUCCUUUGUUGUGCUAACUUACAUUAUUGCCCUAAAUAUCAAUAAUUUAUAUUUCCAAGUUUUAACAACUUAAAUCACUGUUUUAGGCCAAAAAAUACAAGUUGGCUUUUUUUGCAGUGCAGUUAGUUAGUAGCAGAGGCCACAUGUUGGCUGCUUUUACAAGAUGUCACUGUCACAUGUCACAUUUCCUCAACAGCACGAAAUAAACAUGGAGUUUCAUAUUCUUCAAAAUAAAACCAAAAGGCUUGAUCAGAUUUCCCCUGGAGACCGCUGCAACAUUUCUGAUCUUGUGUUUCUUCUGCUUUUUCGGACUCACUUCCAAAUUUAGCUUUUUUUGUGGUGAUUUUUAGGAACAAACAGAGAAACUCGCUGAUACAAAUUUAAUGAAAAGGUUUUCACGCCAGAAAGUGAAAUUAUAAUUUGUGCUUUACAUCUGUACACCUAAUAAUAGAGAGAGUAACCCCAGGAAUACAAUACGAGUACACUGCAAAAAAGCCAACUUGUAUUUUUUGGCCUAAAACAGUGAUUUAAGUUGGUAAAACUUGGAAAUAUAAAUUACUGACAUUUAGGGCAAUAAUGUAAGUUAGCACAACAAAGAAAGCCAGUUGUCUGCUCAAAAACAAGUUGGUGAGUUGUUGUUACUUAUAUUUUAAGUUGGGGUAUAUUUCACUUUAAAACUCAUAAAUUUGCACAUUUUUUUCUUAUAGAUUUGCCACUUUGAUCUUGUCAACUUUUUUUCUCAAUAUUAUUUUCGUAUGUUUCUUUUUACACAUUCCGGCUGUAUGUAAUAUCCUCCAAUAUUCUCUAGGGUUGAAAUGAGUGCCCUAUUAAGGGUUAAAGUGGUGAAUCUGGGAGAAAAAAGUUGCUUUUUUCCCACUUUUUUCUCGUAAAUCUGCAACUUUUUUCGGGCAGAUUUGCCACUUUAAAUCUCUUAAAUCUGCAACUUUUUUUCUUGUAGAUUUGCCACUUUAAUCUAGUAAAUUUGCAACUUUUUUCUCAAAAUAUUACCUGAAGUUACCAAAUAUAGUUCUUUGCCUGAUAAAAGGUUAAAACGCAUGUGAAGAUGGCCUACAGUUAUGCACCCUUCUAUCUGAUGCCAACGUGGUGAUAGUUAUGGGGACCUGAAUAGUUUCUGGGGACCUGAAACUAUGGCUCUGUGUUGAAACCCAACAGCAACUCACUUCACUUUUUUGACCUGUACGGGAUCACUUUUGUUAGAUUGUGAAAUGAAAGAGCGAUACAGAAAUGCUGCAAUGACAUCUAUUUAAUAAACAGUUUUUAUUUCUUGCUUUUAAAAGUUGCAUUUAUUUCUUUGAAGGUGUAAUUAAUUUGUGAAAAAGUGGUUGACAUAUGCCGAAGAGUCUCUUUUCUCAACAAAAUUUCAUUAAGGCGCCUUAAAGUUUCUAUCUCUGCAAAAUAUUUUUUAUUUUUACAGCUGUUGAGCUUACCUGUCAAAUGUCAGUGGCUGUUAGUUUGUGGUUUGGCAUCUAAAUCUGCUGCCCUUACGAGUUAAUUGGGGCAUUUCCCUAUGCUAAUUCCACUUAUUCCAAAUUGACUAGCACACACAUCCAGUUUACCUUUCCAUUGUGAGAAUCACACAUAUGAAUGUUGUUAUUUUCCUCUUAUUGCUGUGUG